AUGUCCUCCUACAUCCCCCUGCCGUCCCGUCCGACCCAACGAAUAGUCAUCGUCGGUGCAGGCAUCGUGGGCUCGUGCCUCGCCGCCCUUCUCUCAGAACACCUCGGUCCCAACAUCGUCCUCAUCGACCGCGACAUUGAGGAGCUCCCUGGCUCUACUGGCCAUGCCCCCGGCUUCGUUGGGCAGUACAACGAAUUGCCUGUCCUCACCGAACUCGCUAAGCGAUCCGUGGGGUACUACAGCCAUAUCGAUGGCGCUUUUGACCAGGUCGGAGGUCUUGAAGUUGGACAAGGGUUGGAGGAGAGAGCGGAGAGUGCGAAGAAGGCGGGACUGGAGGCACAUGUGUUGUCGAAAGAGGAGGUGUUGAAGAUUGCUGGUGACUUUGUGAGGGACGAUAUUCCCGAGGGUCCUGCCGGAGUACUCUAUCCUUUGGACGGUACUGCCAACCCCAUCGCUAUUGCCCACAGCCAGCAGCGCAAAGCCUCUCAGAACGGUGCCACCCUCCUCAGCGUCGACGUCCAGUCCAUCUCCGACUCUCGUACCGGCCGUCUCGUCCGUACCGACCGAGGCAUGAUUGACUGCCACUCCGUCAUUCUCUGUACGGGUAUUUGGGCGGCCCAGCUCUUCCCCAAGUUUACCGAGUCUGUCGUGUCUGUGGCGCACCCUUACCACUACUCUCUGCCCAACAACCACGAGAGCAAGACUCCCUUCAUUCGCUGGCCUAAGCACCAUGUCUAUGCUCGUGACCACGGCAAGCUCGACGGCAUCGGCUCUUAUGCCCAUGCCCCCAUCCACGUCAAGAAGGACGAGCUCACAGACACUGCCUAUGGCAAGUGGGAGCCUUCCUUCGACGACGUCCUGCAAAAAGCAUUGACGCUCUUGCCGUCCAAGGCAGCCGACACGUUCAAGCAGGGCCAAAAGUUCAACGGGCUGUUCUCUGUGACGCCUGAUGGGCUGCCGUUGGUGGGCAAGGUGGAGGAUGGACUGUGGUGUGCGGUGGGUGUGUGGGUGACGCAUGCGGCGGGCGCGGCGGGGCUGCUGGCGGACCAGCUGCUGAAUGGAGGGGCGGGAAAGGAUGCAGAAUUGAGGAAGGCAGUGGACCCCAAGAGGUUUGAAGGUGUGGAGGGGCUGGAGGCAAAGUCUCUUGGCAGAUACAACGACAUUUACAACAACGCAGAGUAG